UCGCAUCUUUUCUUUCUCCCUUGUUGAGCUUGUCCUCCACUGCUCCGGAGUCUUCUUACAGGAUCCCCAGGCGAUCCUGCACAGCCGUAGUCCCCACCAGCUCUGGUACCGGGAGAUCCUCCGGAGGUCGGCGAGUCACGCCGAGCGUGUGGCCAGGACUGGCGGGACCCGGUCACCACCUGCCUUGGGGACCUGAGUGCCUGUGAGCUGCGGAGCUUGGGGCGAGUCCCCACCGGCGGGUGGCCCUGGGUCCUGUCCCCUGGUUCCGCGGCGGGGGUGGUAGAUGCCGGCUCUCCGAGGUCAGCUGCACAGUGUAUUACCGAGUCCCCGAUGGCGGGUGGCCCUUGACUUUGGCCCUUGGUUCCUCCCGCUAGGUGCUAUGAGGUCCAUAAGAAGGAUGUCAGGUCUCCCCAGAAGGCAGAAAAUGAAUUCAGUGGUCUUCGAGGAUGUGGCUGUGAACUUCACCCAGGAGGAGUGGGCUUUGCUGGAACCUUCCCAGAAGAGUCUCUACAGAGAUGUGAUGCUGGAAGUCCUUAGAAACCUGGCUUCUGUAGGAGAUGGAUGGGAGGACCAGAACAUGGAAUAUCAGAACACAAAUACUGAGAGAGACUUAAGGUCCAUCAUAUCUCACUCUGCAAACAAACUAUAUGAGAAUGAGGAGUGUGGCGGAAAGCUAUAUGAAUGUAAAGAGAAGAGAAAAUCCUCCAUUUCUCUCACAAGUGUUCAAUGCCACAAGUCAGAGCACACUGUAAAUGGUCCUAAUGGAGGUCUGACAUAUGGAAGAGAGUUCAGUUGUUCCAGGUGUUUUCAAAAAUAUCAACCAUCUCAUAUUGGAGAGCAGCCACCUGGAUGUAAGCAAUGUGGAGGUGCCAUUACUAUUUCAAAUAACCUUCAAAUGCAUGAUCAAACUCCUACUGGAGAGACAACUUACAGAUGUAAACAGUGUGGGAAAGCCUUCACUUAUUCAUAUUCCCUUCAGAUACAUAAAUGAA